GGUAUUUACUGCCACCAUUCGACUGUCUGUUCAGACUCGUAGGCGACUGAACCCAGAUUCAAAAUGGCAGCAAGCAAGCGCUCAAAUGAGAGUGCUGACUUUAAGGCCUCGAAAAGAGCCAGAGUCGACAAGGGCCGCUCAAAAGUCAGGGAUGCACCUGCGGACGAAUUUGAAGGCUUCGACCAGGUGAAGGAUACCUCCGCGCCCCAUUCAACAGAUGAAAAGUCGAAGAGAUUGAGGGGAAAGCAAGGGUCUACGACCUAUAGUUCAUCUAACAAAUCAGAAACAUAUUUAAAUGGCCAAACCUCGCGCGAAGCCCACGCAAAGCAAAAAGCCAUCGCUCAAGACCGCAAGGCUGCCAAACCGAACGCCGAUUCCAUCGCCCGGUCAAAGAAGAUCUGGGAGCGUCUGCGCCGAAAAUCCCACGUCCCCAAACAAGAACGAGAUGAACUGGUCGAGGAGCUAUUCCAGAUCAUAUCAGGGCGAGUCAAGGAUUUCGUAUUCAAACAUGACUCUGUGCGGGUCAUUCAAUGUGCCUUGAAAUAUGCGACUCCGGACCAGAGGAGGCAGAUCACAACGGAGUUAAAGGGUAGUUACAGAGAACUGGCAGAGUCGAAGUAUGCCAAGUUCUUAAUCGCAAAGAUGGUCGUGGGCGAUGAUGAAAGUCGGGAUGCCGUAGUCGAGGAGUUCUACGGCCAUGUAAAGAGGUUGAUACGCCAUCCAGAAGCAAGUUGGAUCGUGGACGACAUCUACAGGACCAUUGCGACCAAGCAGCAGAAGGCCAUCAUGCUCCGAGAAUGGUACGGGCCCGAGUUUGUCAUCUUUGGCAAGUCAAAGACACAUAGCGCCUCAAGAGACGGGCAGGUAACAGCUGAACUUUCCAAUCUUCUCGCCGAACACCCAGAAAAGAGAGGCCCCAUCAUGUCUCACCUCCAUGAAAUGACCAAUCAACUGGUUCAAAAGAAGACCACGGGUUUUACCAUCCUUCACGACGCCCUGCUCCAGUACUUCUUGAAUUGCAAACCUGGAAGCCCGGAAAUUGCCGAGUUUUUCUCCAUGCUCCGCGACGAUGAGGAAGGAGACAUCUACAAGAACCUCGCUUUUACGAAGUCGGGGUCUCGCUUGCUGUGUCUUUGCCUGGCGCAUGGGAACUCCAAGGACCGAAGGGGGAUAUUGAAGUUUUUCAAGACGCACAUCAAACUCCUUGCGAGCGACCAAUACGGACAUAGUGUGCUUCUGACGGCAUACGAAGUUGUGGAUGAUACAGUGAUGAUGUCGAAGACAAUCUUCCCGGAGCUUCUGAGCAAAGAACUUGAGCCUGAAGCAAGGGAACAGGAGUUGCUCGCGCAGGCCGAACAUCUUACCGCCCGCACUUCGCUGCUCUAUCUGAUGUCCCCUGAUGCACCCAAGUGGCUCAUUACGAAUGAGACAGCUGCACUUAUUUCGGAGGUUCGUGAGAUCCGGAAAGAAACAUCCAAGAAGGAUCCGGAGACACGCCGAAUUGAAUUGGUAAAGACUGUGGCCCAGCCUCUUCUCGACCUGAUUACACACCAAGCGCGAUAUCUCGCGCAGUCAACCUUUGGGUGUCAAUUCAUUACGGAGACCGUGUUCGGCUGUGCCGGUGUUGGUGACAUCCAGGCUGCUUUAGGUGCGAUUGCGGAUCUCGCAACCGAGGUGGUUGAAGGAAAAGAACAGCGAGAAGAGAACGAAAAGAUCCUUGCCACGCCGGCGGUGGGCCGCAUGCUCAAAGCUCUCGUGCAAGGUGGACGGUUUAACAAAGUGACCAAUUCGAUUCAAUUGGUCGAGCCGCCUUUGAAAUUUGACGAGCUGUUGUUUCACAAGAUUCGAUCGAAGGGUGGGGACGAGGAGAUCGUGGCCUGGGCGAAUGGCCCCAAUAGUUUUGUUGUCGUGGCCAUGUCAGAGGCUGACAAUUUCGAGAAGAGAGAGGAAUUAGUGGAGGUGCUCAGACGAAAUAAGAGAAAGUUAGACAGGGAGAACAGAGGCACGGCAAUCAUUCUGGAGAAGAUUGGCGGCAGUGGCCGGGAGAAGAAAGGCCAGCUAGGCAAAGAUGCUGCCGAGGAGGCUGAGCAUGUGGAUGUCAAUUCGAGCGGGAUCGAGAAGAAGAAGGGCAAGAAAGGGAAAAGCAAAGCCAAGAAUUAGGAAAUUCCAAAGCUCAGUACACCAUGCAUGGCUCUAUACAGAGUGCAACGACAUAUGGCGGUCGGGUGGUCAUGCAAGGCGAGGCUGAGGAUUCCUGUCAGGCUGAAAAAUUCAGAGCAAACAUUCACAUGCUCCAUCACUGCCUUUCCAUGUGCAACCCCGUGCCUGUAGAACUUUUGCUUGAGACAGGCGUUAGAGACUCUCCCAAGGGUUCCACGGAGGGUUAUGUAGCCCUGGUCUCCC